AUGGCAACCCUGUCCAUGACCUCGACGUUCCGACUGAACGACGGCAACGCCAUGCCGAUCCUCGCCUUCGGCACGGCCGCCACACAGAACUGUAAGCAAGAGGUCCUAACGGCCCUACGUCACUCGUACACGCACGUCGACACGGCCCACGUCUACCGCACCGAGCCGGAAGUCGGCGAGGCCAUCCGCGCCAGCGGCAUCCCGCGGUCUCAACUCUACGUGACUUCCAAACUGUGGGACCCGGACUUCACGCGCGAGGCCGCCUUGCAGGGCGUCAAGAAAUCGCUCACCACCAUGCAACUCGACCACCUGGACUUGUUCCUCCUGCAUAACCCGCGCGGCGGGCCCGAGAGACGGCGCGACGCGUGGCUCGGCCUCCAGGACGCCGUCGACGCGGGCCUCGUGCGGAGUAUCGGCGUGUCGAACUGGUCCGUGAAGCACCUGGAGGAGCUGGCCGGGGACGACCGGGUCAAGAUCGUGCCCGCGUGCAACCAGAUCGAGUUCCACCCGUGGUGCCAGCAGGCCGAGAUUGUCAAGUACUGUGUGGCAAAGGGCAUCCAGGUCACGGCCUUUUCGGCGCUGGCGCAGGGGAAGCGCAUGGAUGACGAGCUUGUUGCCCACUUGGCUGACAAGUACGGCAAGAGCCCGUCGCAGGUCAUUUUGCGGUGGAUGGUGCAGCAUAGGCACAUCGUGCCGAUUACGAAGAGUAGCAAGGAAGAGAGGGUCAAGCAGACGACGGAGAUCUUUGGGUGGGAAUUGGAAUCCAAGGACUGCGAGGAUAUCGACAAGCUGGACGAGGGUAUGAAGGCCAGGAUUGGCGACUGGGAUCCAGACGCGCAUGAGUAG